UUUAAAUGAGUUUGUAUUAAGCGAUGUGAUUCCUUCUUGACUUAAAAAAGAGUUUUUUUUAUUUAAGGUAUUAAAUAAUGUAGUGUUAAAACUUCUGAAACAUAACCGAUAAUGAUGGAAAAAAAAUCAAACGGUGAAUAUGAUCACGGACCGACAUUAACGAAACACGGCAACAACAUUUUCUCAGCCUUUAAUUCAAUAGGUAAAAAAUUUCGACGUUUAAAAAAUGCUCAUUUUGCUGACUAUUUCAAAGCAGACGUGACGACGAAUACUGAAUUACCAAGUGAAAAUUUACCAAACGAUAAUAAAAGAAAAAAUGUUAUAAAACGUUGGUCAAGUUUAAGUAGAAUAAAAGAAAGAAAUGAAAAAAAGAACAACAGUAAAUCUCAAAUAAAUAUAGUUCAGUGGUCCUCUAACGAGUCUGUUGCAGAACCAAAGUCCAAAAAAUUUAAUUCUUUAAAACUUUCACGUGGUUACACUUUGUUUCCUCCAGAUUAUGAAAAUGAAUCCCCAGUAAAAGCUUUUAAUGCUAACGAUUGCUCAAUAACUGUCGAAAAUACAGAAAAAGAUAUUGAAAAUGACGUUUGUUGCUUAGACUGUAAUGAAACAUAUAUUGUUCCAUACGAAGACAAGUUAGAUAAUGAAAAACAAUCUGACAUUAACAAUACGUGUUGUUCUGUAUUAUCAUUGCAGGAUUUAUCUGAAAGUGAUGGAUUUAAUGAAAUAACUAUAGAAAAAUGUAAUUGUUUUGCAACGGAUAACAAUAAAAAUAUUAUAAAUCAAACUCAUACUGACUUUAUAGAUUUCCCACUAAUAGAAAUACCAAAAACUUUGAGAACUAGUUCUUUUCAAAAUAUCAAGUUUCAACCUUUUGAACAUUCUAAAGAUCGAUACUCGUCAACUCCUGUAUUAGUUAAUAGGCCACCACUUCCGCUGGUUCCCAAGCCAAUAAACAGAAGGAACAAAGCUUUAAAUUACAAUUCAAAAGAAAAUCUUACAUCAGAUGUUUCACAAGACUUUUGUAAUUUAAGAGGAAAGGAUUCUAAUCUUAAAAGAACUUUUUCAGAUUGCUUACCUCAUAAAUUUAGUUCAGAUGAAUAUCUCAAUAAAACAGAGGGAAAUGCUAUAUCAGCAGUUAUAGAAGAAGAAAAACCAAAACCAUUAUUGCAAAAAAAAGAUGAUAAGGUGUGGCGCAAUGUUUCUUCUGCUAUGAUAAUUGCAGAAGCAGUCUGGGAUCAUGGAAGUAUGAAACCAGAUGAACUUUCAUUCUCUUCUGGUGCCGUCAUAUAUGUGUUGUUUACAGAUGAUGAUAAUUGGUGGUGGGGGAUUCAUAAUGGAGUUAUGGGUUGGUUUCCAGUGUCUUAUGUUAGGUUAAGAGUAGACCAAGAAAUAGACAGAGAUUCUGAACAUUUCAGAGAGUUACAUUCUUUAAAAGAAGAAUCUCUAUUUCCUUCUCAACUUUGUGCUGCUUCAAACAAAACCCUUGAGCACAUGGCAAAAGUACGUGCAAAAUGUGUUGAAGAGUUGCUCAACACAGAAAAAGUGUAUGUAAAACUUUUGAAAGACAUUAUUCAGGGUUACGUUAUGGAAGUUGAUGCUGAAACACGAUUAUUCACACCAGAAGAUAAGCAAAUACUUUUCAGCAAUAUAGAAGAGCUUUAUUUUUUUCAUCAGGUAUUUUUAGCUGAUCUUCAAAAAGCUGUCAAUAUGGAAUGGAUGGAGAAAAGUGUGGUUGGCCCUGUGUUUCUGAAACAUCAAUCAAAUUUUGAAAUCUACUCAAAUUAUUGUAAUAAUCAACCACGGUCAAGUGCACGGCUAUCUGUUCUUUCAAAAGAGAAAAAAAUUAAUGUUUUUUUUGAGUCAUGUCGGCUUCGUCAAAAUAUGAUUCGUUUAUCACUUGAUGGAUUUUUGCUAUCACCUGUUCAGAGGAUUUGCAAGUAUCCAUUACAAAUUAAAGAAUUAAUUAAACACACUAUGGUAGAUCAUCCUGACUUUUCACAGUUACUCGAAGCUCAAGCUUGUAUGCAAAAUGUUGCUUCACUGAUUAACGAGCGUAAAAGACGCCUUGAAAACAUUAAUAAAUUAGCCAUGUGGCAACUUUCUAUAUCUAAUUGGAAAGAUGAAGACUUGGUAAUUAAGAGUAGUAUGUUGCUUCAGAAAGGAACUCUUAACAAAAUUUCAAACAAUAAAUUUAUUAAAUGCAGUUUAUAUUUGUUUGAUCAUCAAUUGAUUGUUCUGCGUCAAGAAUCUCAAAAAAAACCAGCGCUAUUAUAUUUACAUCGCAUUGAUUUAGACCAAGCGAAAAUAGAAGAUUUAGCCGAUGGAUCGGUAACUGUAAAUAAUGAAACGGUUAAUAAUAUCUUUAGAGUUUGGUGUGAAAAACGUCAAAAAUGGUACACGUUUUCGGUAUUAAACACAGACUUAAAGCUUCUAUGGAAGAGUGCUUUUAUUGAAGAAAGACGAGUUGUCAAUGAAGAAAUUCAAAAAGGCUUCGUCGUUUCAACAGAAGUUCGUGCAGCUGCAAUGGAAAAUGCGUAUAAUCAGUAUAUUGCAGAACGAAAAAAAAUCCGUUUAAAAUCUGUAAGUACCGCUCAUCCAACAGAACUUGAAACAUUCAAAACCUUUACAUAUGCGACCAUGGUUGAACCGUUUAUUCAUGUGGGAACCGAUCAAGUCGUUCGCCGUGCAAACAAAAAAGAUCGUAGCAAAUCCUUUCGUCAUUCUUUACAUGGUUUUAUUUUUGAAAAGUUAUCGUGAAGUUUCUUUUUUCGUAUUUUAAAUUUAAAUUUUAAUUAAAAAAAUUUUAGGCUUGUUAAA